UUUAGCAGAGUAAAACUAGUUCAAUCCCAUUGCGAAUGUGAAGUUGUGAAGACUGAGAAUGUUAAUGAUGAAGCACUGAAUAUUGGAUGUGGUUCCGAUGGAGACUGUUUAUCUACUCCUGUUGAUUGUGACUCUAAAUGCGGUUGUGAUGAGGCAUAUCAUUACAACGAAACAACGAAAGAAUGCGUUUUGGAUGUUCAACACUUGAUGAAAGCCUUGCUUACAAUUUAUGAUCCAGUAGAUCCUAAUAUCGCUUACGACGAUAGUAUGUCAGCAAAUAUUCGAAGACAUUCUGAUAAGGUUUUUAAAGGAAUAACUAUAGCUGUCAUAUUUUUUGGAUCUUGUGCUUUAAUAAGCGUCAUAUCUGCGUGCUUUUACUGCUGUCGUAUAAAUCACUCGGAUCGAAUCCUAAGAGGUGAUGUAAAAGCUUUAGCGAAGAAAAUUAAUCGGGAUCAGAAAAUUAAAAAGCCGAAAAAAGCUCCACGGAAAAUCGAAGAGGAAAGCUGUAACAUUGUGGUAGAAGAUGCUGGAUUGAACACUAUUUCGAAGUAUAUGAGUCAAUUUUGAAUAGAGAAAGAAGAUGACUGAUGAAUAUUCUCUUAUAGAUUUUGUUUUGACCAGUAUGGGCGUUCUCUUUGGAAUGGGACUAAUUUGCUGUUUAUGUUGUUUAUGUAUGAGGUUCAGUGAUCAGAGAAUGAGAUGCUACAUUAUAGAAACAGCUAAAAUGAGAGGCAUCAAAGUGGAUCCUGAUAAAUUGAAUCCAAAGUACAGCCAUCGGGCUGCUUUAGCUAACGAAGGCUGUACAAUCAUAGUUCCCGAAGUUGGUAUUAUACUUUAGCUUUUAAAGAAUGACUUACAUGGAAUUAUGAUCUUAUGAGUAAUGUUUUUGGACAGGUGUAUUAUGAGAUUGUAGACUGUAACAUAAGUCAUGGGCAAUUAGAAAUAUUGAUGAGAGAUAUACUUACCCUGGGUUUCAUAAAAAAGUUAAAGCAUAAUUUAAGCUGAAGUAUGUUUUUUACUAUCGCAUAUUACAAUAUUUGCCAUUGACAGAAAAAGACAAAACAUACUUUAGGUUAAUAUAUGCUUUAAAUUUUUUGAAUAACAGGGUUAAUAUUUUUAUAAAAGUUUAAUCUACUAGUAUUCUCAAUCUGCUCAAAGAAAUAGAAAUAAACCGGCACAAAGUAUUGUUCUGUGGGUAUAAAGUAUACUUUUUUAUUUGUAUGUAUCUAACCAUUUAUGUUACUUUUGUAAAAAACUCAGUAUUUUUUAUGUGGAGAUUAUUUUGUAGGGUUAUAUUUAGUGGAAUUUCUAUUCUAUACAUUCAAUUACGGCGUGGUUAUAUGGUGCUUGUGAAAUUGUAAAUUUAGGUUUUAUAAGAAUGCUGAAUGAUUUUCCAUUUUUUCGUAAAAUAUUGUAACCAUAUAGAGUAGAUGUUGUAUUUAAAAUUUUAUAAUAAUAUGUGUAUUCUCUGGUCCAAACACAAAAAAAAUGUGCACAAAAUAGUUAUGUAAUUAUUCAGUGUGGAUUACUGCUAUGUUCAUAAAGAUGUGAAUGUGAUGUUACUUUUGUUAUGUAUGAUUUAUAACAUUCAUGGUACAGGAAAUGACAAAUCCAUAAAUUUUGCCAUUUUCAUUACCCAUGUAGGAUGUAUUUAAGUUUCUUUGACAAAAAGAAAAUUUUGUAGUCCCACCUAGGUAUAAAAUAUAUUUUAUCAAAUAUAUGACUUUUUGUCUUAAAUUAGUGGAUCUUUUUAAAAUAUAUAUUUAUGAUUGUAGUUUUACAAGUCAUAAAAUACAUUGCAGCUAUUCAACAAGUUCCUAAUUCUUUUGAGAAUUACUUAAGGCACUUCUAGUCAACAUUGUUAGAUGUCUAAAUCAUUCUUUAGUCAUUGCUACAAAUUCACAGUCUUAAAAUUAUGAAAUGUCACAAAAGGGCGGCCUUAUUGCUAAGCAAUGUGUAAAUUGUGGCUUAGAUAUUACUGGUGGUUGCAGGGGCUUUAGCAUUUAGGCCUGCAUCAGGUAAACGUAAUGUCUUAUAGACAGAUGAAUGACAUAUGGGAACAUAGCUUGGUAAAAAGUAUCUAUUUUAACAUUUUCGUUAUUGACGUAAAUAAUUUCUGAUACCUUUUUGAUAAAAUUGUUAAUUUACUGAUUUAAUUUUCAUCUAAAGCGCGAUGUUUUUGUCGUAUUAUAUAGUAUACUAGCUGCCCGUCCCGGCUUCGCUCUGGUAAAACAUAAUAAAUUAUACACCUAAACCUUCCUCAGGAACCACAAUAUCUAUUGGUGAAAACCGCAUGAAAAUCCGUGCAGUCGUUUUUGAGUUUAUAGCGAAUUGACAGACAGACGCGGCAGAGGACUUUCCCUUAUAAUAUGUACGGAUAUUGUAAGUAUUAUGUGUGCACUGUUAAUGUGUUACAUGUAUUGUCUUUGCUAUCUUAUAAUUCGAAGGAAUUGGGAAAAGUGUAUAUAAUAUAUGCUUAUUCUACACAUUAUGUAUGUAUUGUUGUGAGAGUAACAUUUAAUUAAUGUAAAACGGGCUGAAAGAUUAACAGACCUGUAACGACAUGGAUUCGGCAUUUCUAAACCGCAUUUUGCUCUCUGACGUCAUAAUGAAGCUAUGUGUUUUUAAAUCUUAAUUAGAGAUCUUAUGAUAUGAUUCUUAUGUAGCUGCUGUUUAACAAAAAAAAAUAUUUCAAAAAAAUACUUUUUUCAUAAAAUUUGGCUAUAGGCGUAUGAGCGUGAAGAAGACAAAUUUUCGAAUUUUUAAUAUUAGCGGGAAAUAAUUACCUACUUAUUGUGUGGGUAUUGGCUAAAGGUUCAAGUGUGAUUUUUUCCAUUUUUGUGUAUAUUUUUGAAAAAAGAGAUAUUUAACGUUUGACCACAUUUUCUUAUAACCAGGAAGAUCCUGGAAGGACGCACAUUGUCAAAAGGACUUAGUGUUCAAUUAUCUAUUAAAAAACAUAUUUUUAACACAUUGUAAUACUCAGUAGAUGUAUAUGCCUGAUACUUGAUUAUAUUCUUCUAAGUGUCAUUUAGGAUAGAACAAUAAUAUUAUAGUAGAAUUUAGUCUGAAUUCGCCUUCGCAUUUAAUAGAAAUUGUAUUCUAUAUACAUAUAAAUUAUGAUUGCUUUUAUUCCGUGAUAUUUUAUAUUGUUUUAAACUUUUUAGAUCAAUUAUACAGCAUCUUGAUUUGAGCCAUUUCUGUGUGAAUAAGAAUUUGUUUAAUUUCAUUAUAUUGACAAAUAACGGACAAUUUAAGGUAAAAUAUUAAUUACUAAUUAUAAAUUUGUAGAAUCUCGCUUUAUAUUGAAAUAUAUUAGAUAAAUAUUUAUAGAAAUUAAGAAAGGAACUUCAAUUUUAAUUCGAUUAAAAAUAUCGAUAUAAAAAUAAUUAAUGUUAUGUGAAUAUAUGUUGGAUAAGCCGCAUAGUAGUACUGCAUUGUUUAGUUUCAAUUUUAGGUUUUUAGUUUAUUUAUUAUACCAAUUUUUCUGACUAUUAAUGAAUGAACCAAUUAAACUCUAAACGACCAAUAGUAAAAACCAAUGCAAACACAUAGAGCUAUGAUUUCUUAUAUAGUUCCCAAGAUAUAUUAUAUUACGAAUAUUUCUUAUCUUACGAUACCUUUAAAACCUUAAAUUUUGACAUACAAAAAUUAAUAAAACUAACAAUACAUUGAUUGCACUACUGUGCGGUAUACUCUGCCAAGCGGUAGUGAUUCAAAGUUGAGAUGGUUGAUGUGCACGGAAAGUCCCAGGUUCGAAACCUACCAAAAAAAAAAUUAUUAUGAUUUCAUAAACCACCAAUUGAUUUUAGUGAAGUAAAACAUUGUUAGGAGACUGACAGACUGUUCACUAGUGUGUAUGCGACUACUUUCCUAUAUAUAUGGUGACCUUUUUAAACGUUAUGUCACAUGCUUUUAGGCGACUUGAAUAUCUGAAAUUAAUCUGAAAUGUGCCAUGCAAUGACACACUCGCCAAGAAAGAAUAACUGACAUUGUUAGAAAAUCUCUUAACAUUAAUGUUCAUUGUAUUUGAUUUUCUACUCAAAUUGAUGAAUAUUUUCUGAAAAAAAAAAUUGUAAACUGCAUGUGUGUUAAAAAUUUUAAAUUCACAUAUUUGAAUUCAACCAUGUAUUCAAAUAUGUGAAUUUAAAAUUUGCACAGUUGUCGAUCAAUGCAUUUUAAAAAACCAUUUCUGUGUUUUGGACGAUCGAUUUUAUUCAUGUUUGUUUUUAUCACUAACACGGUUUCGUAUAUUUAUAGUAAUGGUGAUGAGAAAUUCGGAUAUUGGCCCUGUCCCCACUUCUAUGUUUUAUCGCGCGUUAUUUAUUAUUCUCGCGAAUUAUAUUCCGUACUCGUACCGUACUACCUCGCGAUUUUUUUACCGACGAAAUCUAGAAGACGAAUAACCUAGUCAAUGCGUCACAGAUUCGAGAGAAAUAAACCGCGCGAAAUAUCGCAGUGCGGACAAGACAUAAUAAAGUAUUACUUUGAUAAGGUUUUUUUAUUUAAUCAAAAAACAUGUAACUGUGCCAUAUACUAUGCCAUGUACAGAAGUUAAUAAAGUUUAUAAAAAUAUUA